UCUAUUUUAAUAGUUAAAAAGUAACUGUUUUAUAUAUCUACCUAGAUAGUUAAUAUUAAUUACAAGGUGGUCGACCUAAAGUAAAAUUUAAUCUUUUGUGUGGACCGAUAUAAUGAAAAGUGUUUUGUUUAUCUAUGUCUUAUCUGAAAGUGACUGAAAAUAUUACUACCUAAUUAAUAAUGAAGGCCUGUAUAGCACUUUGUCUGUUUGCCCUGGUUGCGGCGGCCCUCGCUCGUCCGCAGUCCCACUACACUGACCGCUACGACAAUAUGGACCUCAAUGAGAUCCUCAACAACCGGAGACUGCUGAUCCCGUACAUUCAGUGCGUGUUGGGAGAGGGCAAAUGCACUCCUGACGGUAGGGAACUUAAAUCGCACAUCAGGGAAGCCUUGGAGAAUGACUGCGCCAAAUGUACCGACAACCAGCGGGAAGGUUCUCGAAGAGUCAUCGCCCACCUGAUCAAGCACGAGGCGGGCUACUGGGACAAACUGAAGGCCAAGUACGAUCCCAACGGGAAGUACUCCAGGAGGCACGAGCAGGAACUUGCGGCUGCGCAGGCGUAAAGACUGAUACAGUUUAGAUUUGGAACGAGAUAGAUGCGGUGAUAUUUUUAGUGAAUAUAUCGUUAUAAAUCCCGAACUUUCUCGUUUCAAAUAUGCUUGUAACUCAGUACAAUAAUAAUAAAAAAUAUUUAUAUGGAUGGAUUCAAUAAAAAAAAAACAAUACCGACCACACCUACAAUGUUAUCAUCUCAAAAAUUAGAUGUGCAGCCAACAAUA